AGGUCAGGCCGGGAGCACGGGCCGGAGACUGAGAAACACAUUUCUUCCCCACCCCCCCGGACACGAACCCUCACACAGAGAGAGAGAGAGAGAGAGAGACAGAGAGAGAGACAGAGAGAGAGAGAGAUGUCCCACUGCCGGCGGCACGGCAAAGACAAGGUCAUUUUUGUCACCAAGGAGGAUCACGAAGCUCCCAGCAGUGCUGAGUUAAUUGAGGAUGAUCCCAAUGACCCUUAUGAAGAGCACGGUCUGAUCCUGCCAAAUGGCGACAUCAAUUGGAACUGUCCCUGCCUGGGAGGGAUGGCAAGUGGUCCAUGUGGGGAGCAGUUUAAAUCGGCCUUCUCCUGUUUCCACUAUAGCAAGGAAGAGGUGAAAGGCUCCGAUUGCCUGGAGCAGUUCCGAACGAUGCAGGAAUGCAUGCAGCGCUACCCAGACCUGUACCCACAAGACGAAGAGGUGGAGGAGGAGGAGGAGGAGGAAGACAGGAGCAAAGUGAAGACUGAUCUCCCAGCACAAGAGAUACCUGCCUCCCAGGCUCAGGGCUCCAGCUAAUAGGAGGAGGGUGGGGGUCCUCCUAUUCCCCCAGACAACUGUCCCCUGUUCACCCCUUCUGCUCCCCUCCCCUCUGCCCAUGUCUGUAAAUCGUCAAGCCAAUGCCAAACAUCAGAAGGAGGGAACGAAAACAAAAAUUGCUGGGAAAAAUUCAGCAGGUCUGGCAGCAUCUGUGGAGAUGCAGUUCUGAAGAAGGGUCAGUGGGCUUGAAAUGUCAACUUUGCUUUCUCUCCACGGAGCCCAGUGACCCUUCUUCAGAACCGUACGUCCACAGAUGCUGCCAGAAUUUUUCCAGCAAUUUCCCGUUUUUGUUUCUGGUUUCCAGUAUCUGUAGUUCUUUUGUUUUUAUUUUGAAAAUUUUUGAUUUUAUAUGUGGAAGGGGUUCUCUUGCACAGCUGGAAUGAAGCAGAUCAGAUUUAUUAUUUGGGGGAGAGCAUCUCACUUUGAGGGCCCGUACAUGGUAAGUGGCACCGUAACUCCAAAUGUUGAGUGUGGGGACCAGGCUGAGUGUUCUAUUAUAGGAAGGGUCUGCAGCCCUGGUUGGGUGGAGAGAGGGGGAGUUGAGCAGGAACAAAUUCAAUCCUUGAAUCGCACUGAGCUGUUACCCGGUGUAACAAUCUCCCUCCUAACAAAAUGCAGGAAACACUUGUGAUCUAGUAAAUUAAAGAUAUUUUUACCUUGUA